AUGCCGCGUCGCAAAGUUGCUCCAGACGCGGUGGUCGUUAAGCCUACUCCCAAACAUGCGGCCGGUUCUCUCGACGCGUCUCAUCCCAUGUUAGGUGGCCGUAAGAUCAGCCCGUUGCAUGCCGACGGGCGCGUGCCGGUGUAUACGAACAUGCAAGACUUCUUGAGAGACUUCGGGCACGUUGCUGCGGAGCCUACCAUAGACGGAAUAUGUCAUACCCUGGCUGAACGCGCGCGCGGGGCAAGGAGCAAGGAGUUCACUAACGCCGUGGCGUGGGUCAACGAUGUGCUCGUGGGGACUCGGGAAGAGAUGGGCGCGGAGACUUGGAACGCUGUGUUAUCGAACCGGAUGGACGAGCUAUUGCAUGAUAUUGUCCUGCGCGAUGAUUUUCUGGACGAGUCCCCGCCCGCGGUCGAGGAUACGCUCAAAUGUUUAGUGGGUGUCUGUCAAAGUGUCGAAAUGCGCGCCAACCGCAAAGCAGAGGCCAACGCCGCGAGAAGGAUCAUGUCGCGCGUGCCGUCCGUGUUGCAGCAUUUCUGGGAUCACAGGACGCGACUGUACUUGCGCGACGACGAAUGUCCGCGCACAGGCACGGAUCCCAUCACCAUUCUUGUCACCGUAUACGGACUUAUAUACAAGAUGACGAACACAUCUUUUCCUAUCAUCCUCCCACAGUUCAUGAUCCAUCUUUGGGUCAACUCCACGCGACGAACACAAAGCCUAGACGACCUACUAUGGUCCCACAGGCUGACCGUGAACAGCAUGAAAGCGCGUGAGCUGUUCGAUGAAAACGCGUACACGCAUGUCACGCUCGUCGAUGGUGUCGGAGUUGAUGCUUACCUCGCUCGCAUCGUCGCGGAGCUUCAGCGCCCCGACAUAACCAUCCGGGGUAUUGAGGGUUGUCUAGCAUCUCUGAAAGAUCUUAUUCUGGAUCUUUCCUUGAGACCAGCAAUUGAGAAACACGGCGUCAUGCCCGUCGUCGCGAAGACCUUGGAUGUGCAAGGGCGAUGGCCCAAGGAAGAUGCGUUGCGUGCCAACGUGUACAAAGAGGCGUCUCAUAUUCUCAGUUGGUGGACCCAGAAGUACUUUGCUGAUCUGUCUGCCAUUGACAGAUCUGAAGUCACAGCGCGAGGGGGCGAUGUCGUAGACUUCCUCGUCCGGGGUCUGGAUCUCGUCGCGGAGGGCUUCCACCGAAUGGACAAAGAUGACAGACAUGAACUACGCAAAGACAUUCAAGAGUACUGUAUCGUAGCCACGCGGAUGUCGAACGACCCGCGGCCACCCGUUCGCGUAUUCCUUGCCGGAAUGAAGGCUCGCGCUCGCGACGAAUGGUGGCCUUGUCUUUCGCGCUUGCAGUCCUCGCCACACCGGUCGGAUCAAAGGGAGAAGCUCUACUCUGUUUUAGUUGAUCGGUGGAUGGACUAUGGACGUGCCUUGGGUUUCGACGCCGAGAAGGAACAGAAGAGGCACAAGAGUGUGGCGAAGAGUCGUUGCACGUGGCGAGGGUGCGGGUACAACACUAGAGCCCCUCCUGGGAAGCUUCUCGCGUGCAAGGGUUGCGGAGAAGUUCAGUACUGUGGUCGGGAAUGCCAGAAAAGUGAUUGGGCGCAAGGUGGUCACAAGCAGCAUUGCGGGACGCGAGUCAAGACGUGA